CUUCGAACCGGAUCUGUAAAAUCAGAUAUUUCAACCGGAUACAAUCGGUGAUAAGUGAUUUAAUCAAUAGUUUGCUGAGCAUCAAGUGGGAGUGAACGAAAUAGUUAAAUUUCGUACAGAACGGUGUGUUCUCCACUCCAUUCCAGUGUGUGUGUGCUACUACUGCAAGGCAACCGUCGAACGAUAAAGGUUCACAGGCUAAGUGAACAGAGAGUGCGUGUGGCUUACGAUACAAUUAGCGUUAUUACAAAACGCUGAAUUUGCACCGUUGUAAGCAGUCGAAGAAGAUAUCACCGCCGUGAUCAUUGAAAUACGCACAGAGGUUAUUGUCCAACGCAGUGUGUUAGUGAGUGUGAGUGCUAAAGCCAUCGCACAUUAAGCGACGCCAAAAAGUGCGUGCAUUCUAACGCGUACGUAAAAAGGUUGUCAAGGGUGUACAACUCAAUUUGUAUUUGAGCCUAUUAAUUGCUUAAAAAACAAACCAAUCGGAAUGCCGCCAACCAGUGACAAAAGAGUGAAGAUUAUUAACUUGAAGAAGGUGGAAAUCAUGAAUACCCUUCAAGAUUUCGAGGAGUUCGUGAAGGGGUUCGACGCCGACAUUGAUGCGUUGCAAAUACCUGGCCGUUCAGAACAGCUGGAGGAACUCGUGAGUGAGUUCAACGCACUGCGUAAAGAGUUCAACGAAACAGUGGACGAUGCGGAUGCAUUCGAUGCGAUGCAAAGGGAUCGACGAGAAUUCAACAAAAGGUAUCACGAGAUAAGAGCCUUUUUCUUAAAGGCUAAUACGAAGUCAGGGCCUUCGUGUCUAUUUAACAGCACACAGGCAAACACAACCUUCAGUGCAGGAACACAGCCGAAUCUUCGCCUGCCAAAGGUUGAUCUCCCGAGUUUCGACGGUGAGAUAACAAAAUGGUUGACCUUUAAGGAUCGAUUUUCAUCGAUGGUGCAUGAUUCGACAGACAUGCCAGAAGUGUUAAAAAUGCAAUAUCUGCUCUCUGCACUAAAAGGUGAUGUGGCUCGUCAAUUUGAGCAUGUUCAAAUAACAUCGGACAAUUACAGUGUGACAUGGGAAGCAUUGUUGAAACGAUUUGACAAUACGAAGGUGUUAAAAAGGGAAUAUUUCAAAGCGUUCUUUUCAUUGGAGAAAAUGAGCAAUGAUUCCACGGAAGAAUUAGCACGAGUCGUGAACGAAGCGUGUAGAUUAGUCAGGGGAUUAGAGCGGUUGAAUGAACCUGUUCAUACAUGGGACACGCCAUUAUCAAACCUACUAUUCUACAAAUUGGACAAGAAAACUUUAAUGGCGUGGGAACAGCAUUCGGUGGAUGAUAAAACAGACGAUUACAAGUGUUUAAUAUCGUUUCUUGAACAAAGAGUGAAUAUAUUAAAGAGUUCGGCCCAGAAUGUGACAAACAAUAUCCAAACCAAUUCCGUCUCGGUGACCGGCAAACAUGGAAAACGAGAUGGCCGGUAUGUUGCGUUACCUGUGCAACAAGCGAACAUUAUGAAACAUGGCGUUGCGAAAUGUCCUAUGUGCAGUGAACAACAUCAUAUACAAGUGUGUGAACUAAGACGAGCCGAAAUAACUGCAAUCCGUUUAGUGCAAAGGGAAGUCUACGCUAAAGAACUGGAAUGCUUAAAACGGGGACAGCUUGUGAUGCGAACGUCGUCACUAAAAUUCAUCAAUCCAAUAGUGGGUGAAGAUGAAGUGUUACGUGUGGGAGGCCGUUUGUCAAAUGCUGACAUACCGGACGAGCGAAGACAUCCUGUGAUCAUCCCUGGAAGGCAUAGGUUGGCAGAGUUGAUUGCCGACAAGUAUCACAAAAUACUCCACCAUGCCAGUUUGCAGCUGAUGCUGAGCACAAUUCAGCAGCGGUAUUGGAUCAUGGGUGCGCGGAACGCAGUCAAACGCACAGUACACUCGUGUGUAAGGUGUACCAGAUGCAGACCUUCUUUGGUGCGGCAGCCAAUGGCCGAUCUUCCGCAGCAACGUGUACGACAAGCGAGACCAUUUUCAAUUAGCGGUGUGGAUUAUGCUGGACCGAUUUACACAAAGGGAUCACAUCGCCGUGCAGUGCCUACUAAGUGUUACAUUGCAAUAUUCAUUUGUUUUGUAACAAAGGCUGUACACAUUGAACUAGUUUCUAAUUUGUCCUCUUAUGCAUUUUUAGCCGCACUGCGUCGAUUUGUCGCCAGACGAGGAAAGGUUGCGGAGUUGCAUUCGGAUAAUGGUACCAAUUUCAGAGGAGCGAAUAACAACCUGCGUGAUCUGUACAAGCUACUAAACUCCAAAGAACACCAAGAAGCGAUAAUCGGAUGGUGCUCUGAGCAAGAAAUUCGUUGGAAGUUUACACCACCGGCUGCGCCACACUUCGGAGGCCUUUGGGAGGCAGCGGUCAAAUCAAUGAAAUUUCAUUUGAAACGUGUGCUAGGUACAGGGCAACUAACAUACGAAGAUUUAACAACACUCUUAACCGAAAUAGAAGCUUGCUUAAAUUCGCGUCCAAUAACAGCUAUUACAGAAGAUCCAUACGAUAUGGAAGCGCUUACACCAGGGCAUUUUCUCGUUGGAAAUAGUUUACAAACGGUACCAGCAAUAGAUAUAUCAGAGAUACCAACAAAUAGGCUCAAUCAUUGGAGGAUAGUUCAACGACAUAUGCAACAUAUUUGGCAACGGUGGCACCGUGAAUACCUGCAAACUUUGCAAAAACGUGCAAAAUGGAACAAUAACCCAUGUACAAUUGUCCCUGGAAGAUUAGUAGUAUUACAAGAAGACAAUGUGGCAGUAUGCAAAUGGCCGUUAGGAAGAAUUACAGAAAUACAUCCAGGAAAGGACGGCGUAACGAGAGUAGUCACGGUGAAAUGUUCAAACGGAAAGGAGAUUCGUAGGCCAGUGCAUAGAAUAGCUCCUUUACCAAUUGAAGAGAAUUAAUGAUUGAAAACGAAAUGAAUUAUUAGUAAACUAAGGCAGUUAAUUAAAAACAUUCGUUUUUGGUGACCGGAAUGUUUGGCACCUAAAGGGUUGAUUUGAAUUAGUACAGGAAUUACACACACUUUAGGAGUUCAGGAAUUACACACAUUUAGGAUUUCAGGAAUUAUACAUAAAGCUAGGACGUAGUAUUAGUAAUAUGACUGUCAGAAGAUGACGAUAAAAUAAAAAAAGGAUUAGUAGCAAUCUAAAGGUCGACUCAGCAACAUCCCAUUCCGUCACUUAUCACAAUCGCACAUGAGCUAUC